UGUAUCAGGAGGACGGACCUACUCUCUGCCCAAUAAAAAUGGACUGACUCCGACACCUGGUUAUAAAUACAGGAAGGAUUUCAAAGUCCCAAUCAGCAACCGGUACAAAAAAGGUAUCAGACUUCGACCCGAGACGCGACACUGAAGACGCAAUGACUUCUAGUAAAGUUGAACUCCCCGUUGAAGUGAAAACCGACGCGGCCGCACUGAUGGCAUCGCUCCAGCUGAUGCCUUCUCCCGUCCCCAACCCGGAGAUCAAGUACACUAAGAUCUUCAUUAAUAAUGAAUGGCAUGACUCGGAGAGUGGGAAGGUCUUCCCCACCUAUAACCCCGCCACUGGAGAGAAGAUCUGUGACGUGCAGGAGGCCGACAAGGCUGAUGUGGAGAAGGCGGUGAAGGCAGCCCGUGCCGCGUUCGCUCUGGGGUCACCGUGGCGACGGAUGGAUGCGUCAGAGCGAGGCAAGCUGCUGGGGAAGCUGGCGGACCUGGUGGAGCGGGACAGCGCCUAUCUCGCCACCCUGGAGAGUUUGGACAGUGGGAAGCCCUUCCUUGCUGCUCUCUUUGUGGAUAUGCAGGGCACCAUAAAGACCAUGCGCUACUUCGCUGGAUGGGCUGACAAGAUUCAUGGCGUUACCAUUCCCAUUGAUGGAGAGUACUUCACAAUGACCCGGAACGAGCCAAUCGGAGUCUGCGGACAGAUCAUUCCUUGGAACUUCCCCCUGAUGAUGAUGGCAUGGAAGCUUGCUCCGGCACUCUCGUGUGGGAACACUGUGAUCCUCAAACCAGCCGAGCAGACCCCUCUCACUGCACUAUACAUCGCUUCUCUUGUCAAAGAGGCUGGCUUUCCACCAGGAGUUGUCAAUAUUUUGCCGGGCUACGGGCCAACGGCAGGAGCAGCGAUCGCCUCCCACAUGGGCAUCGACAAAGUCGCUUUCACAGGAUCAACUGAGGUGGGUAAGCUGAUCCAAGAGGCUGCUGGGAAGAGUAACCUGAAGAGGGUCACACUGGAGCUGGGAGGAAAGAGCCCCAACAUCAUCUUUGCAGAUGCCGACAUGGACCUGGCAGUGGAGCAGGCCCAUCAGGGCGUCUUCUUUAACAGUGGCCAGUGCUGUACGGCCGGCUCUCGUGUCUUCGUGGAGGAGUCCAUCUAUGAGGAGUUUGUGCGCCGCAGCGUGGAGAGGGCCAAGAGGAAAAUGGUGGGAAGCCCCUUUGACCCCACCACGGAGCAGGGACCACAGAUCAGUGAAGAGCAGCAGCAGCGCAUCAUGGCUCUGAUCCAGAGCGGCGUGGCUGAGGGGGCCAAGCUGGAGUGUGGCGGUAAAAUCUGCGCCGGAAAGGGCUUCUUCGUGGAGCCCACCGUCUUCUCCAACGUCACCGACAACAUGCGCAUCGCCAAAGAGGAGAUCUUUGGCCCGGUGCAGCAGAUCCUGAAGUUUAAGACGAUGGCUGAGGUGAUCGAGCGAGCCAAUGACACUGAGUACGGCCUAGCUGCUGCUGUCUUCACCAAUGACAUCAACAAAGCCAUGACCGUGUCCACCUCCAUGCAGGCCGGAACCGUCUGGAUAAACUGCUAUAACGCCCUGAGCUGCCAGUGUCCGUUUGGAGGCUAUAAAAUGUCUGGCAACGGCCGUGAACUGGGUGAGUCUGGCCUGAGGGAGUACACUGAAGUGAAGACCAUCACAAUGAAGAUGACGGGGAAGAACUCUUAGGCCCAAGCGCCACGCUCCGCCCCCCCCCCAACUCACCACUGAGGGACUUCCUGUUUGGGGAGCCCCACUCCAGCGGUCGCUACAGCAACUCCAUCCUGCACACUAACCAACCACCCAACACUCCAUCCUCCAUCACCACGGCAACCUGCUUGACCUACAUCUCAUCCUCUGGGAUCUGCCAGAAGCAGCAUGGACUUAACCCCGCCCAGACCAUAACCCCCCCCCCGACCACCACCACCCCACCCCCCAGUAACCUCUAACCAAUCACCUCUAGUACCCCCAGCCUCUGCCUGCCAGGGGCUUCUGCCCUGAGCUCCAUGCCCAGAGAGGGCAUCUGUCUGUGGGCAGGUGUGUCCCCUUCCUCCCUGGCCGCUCCACCUCCACUAGCCCUCCUCAAAGCACUGGGAGAGAGAGACGGACAGGGAGAUGGCCACCCGGGUCCACAGGUGCCACCGCGUCCACCCAGAUUAUGCCCUGUCACCUAAUGAUGCUCCUCCACCACCUCCCCCACAACCCCCCCACACCCCCCCAACAAAAAACACACUCUCACACACAUCUGUACUUUCACUGACUGCCUGCUACAGUGUCAUAGGUGGGGAACAAGGUCUGUGUGUAUGUGUGUGUGUGUGUGUGUGUGUGUGUGUGUAUGUGUGUGUGUGUGUGUAUGUGUGUGUGAGAGGUGGACCAUCCAUCACUGAACCUCAUCCCUGCCACUGCCUUCAUUCAUUCUUAUGAGUGCAACAGUUUGUACUAAGACCACUGAAGCUAUGAAAUAUGAGUUCUUUUAAAGAGUUAAUUCUAAAAAAAAAUGUAAUUGUUUAUUUGUUUGUGUUGUUGUUUGUAUUUUUUUGCUUUUACAACAUUUAACUCUAUAUGUUCAUGUUCCACCAGUGUAACAGAGAACAAGAUACUGAAUGGAUUACCUCUAAAGAGAAAACAUUAAACUCAGCUCCAAAAGAUUUCAUGGAUUUUAAACAGCAAUUCUUCACUCAUAUUUGUGGUUAUCCCUAAAAAUGUACGUUUUAUGAACAUAGACAAAAGUAAAAAAAUGUAAAAAUGAUUAUAGAUUUUCUUUCAUUAAAUACUGUUUUCUUCAAAGUCAAA